AUGCAGUUGACAACUCUCCUCCUGGCAUCCGUUGCCUCUUUGGCAGCGGCUCAGACAGCCACGUCGUCCUCUGGCUCAUCCACCACCAGCUCAAGCUGUGCUGCUCAAAACAUCCUCGACGCCUGCUUGGGCACCAUCCAAGGUCAGGUGAACUCGUGCCUGUCGACCGACUACGGCUGCCUGUGCACCCAAUACGAAAACCUGCUCACCUGCUACAACAACUGCCCCGCCGAUCCUGGCGUCUCGACCGUCCAGCAACAGCGUCAACAAUAUUGCGCUGCGGCGUCCGCGUACCCUUCGACCACCAGCACUCCUGCCACGACCGGUUCGGCCACCUCGUCCGUGCCUUUGACCAACCCAACUGCAACUACGUCUUCCGAGACUGCCGUCCAGACUGGCUUUGGAACAGGCUCCGGCACUGAUUCCUCGGCCAGCGCCAGUGCUACUGAGGGCUCGGACUCGGGCAGCGGUGCUUCCGGUCUUUCAGUUGGAGGAAGCCUUGUCGCUGUGGCUCUCGCCGGAUUGGGAUACAUCUUGUAA